AUGGCUGGCGGGAGACUCGCGCUUGUGGUGCUGGCGGCCUUGCUGCUGGCCGCCGCGUCGACCGAGGGCGGCUACGUCCUGAGCCACGACUACUCGGGUCCGAACUUCUUCGACCACUUUGACUUCUGGUCCUAUGACGACCCCACCCACGGCUACGUCGACUACGUGACCCAGCAACAGGCUCAAGAGUGGGGCCUGAUCAAGGCGUCGAGUGCUGGCGUCUACAUUGGAGCCGACCACUCGUCCAUCUCGAGCGGACGUGGCCGCGCUGCGGUGCGCAUCUCGUCCAAGGAGACCUUCAACGGCGGCCUAUUCCUCAACGACCUCUCCCACAUGCCGACUGGCUGCGGAACGUGGCCGGCCUACUGGCUGUGCGGACCUAACUGGCCGCAGGGCGGCGAGAUCGACAUUCUCGAGGGCGUCAACAUGCAGACCAUUGACAAGUCGACUCUGCACACGAGCCAAGGCUGCGAUAUGAGCUCCGUGCCCACCUCUUCCUUCACCGGCCACUGGGACAACUACAACGGCCAGACCCUCUCGAACUGCUAUGUCGACGCCAUCGGCACGCUCAACCUGGGCUGCGGUGUGAUCGCCAACGAGUCCAACUACGGCACUGCUCUGAACCAGAGGGGCGGCGGCAUCUACGCCACCGAGUGGAACAGCAAUGGUAUCAAGUUGUGGUUCUUCUGGCGCAACAGCAUCCCGAGGGACAUCCAGAUCGGCCAGCCCAACCCCAGCUCCUGGGGCAAGCCUUACGCCAACUUCCAGUUCGGCAGUAACUGUCCUUCGUCGCACUUCUACAACCACCAGAUCAUCAUCAACCUCACCUUCUGCGGCACGUGGGCCGGCGACUCGUGGGUGUGGAAGAACACCGGCUGUGGCCAGUACGCCAGCUGCCAGAACUUCGUCCAGCACAACCCGCAGGCCUUUGCCGAUGCUUACUGGCAGAUCAAUUCCCUCAAGGUCUACCAGUGGCAGUAG